AUGAGGUCAAUCUUCAUAUACUUAGCCAUCAGCAAAUUAAUUUCCAGAACCUGGGGACUCUCGCAAAUUAUUCCAUAUGAUAAUGUAAAUUAUUAUGUCUUUGGCAAAGGUUUUGCUCAAGAUGAUCAUGCCAAAUUGCCUCAAGUUACAAGUCUAGAGAAGGUUACCCAUGGGAAGUUUCAUGACACAUUGCAUUUCAAGAAUCUUUCUGGUGACCGGAUUUGGAUGAUGGAUGCAUUCUAUAAAGAACAUCAGUUGGCACCCUUUAGUUAUGUUGAUGUUCCUUGGAAUAAAGUGGCCCGUCAUAUAGUAGCACAUACAGACCCUACCGUGAUACCUAACCAGGAUAUGUACAAAGCUAUUUUGGAAAAGGCAAAGAAAACAACUGGCGAGUCUUCAAAGUCAAGCUAAUCAAGUAAAUCCAACAAGCUGCACUUC